AUGGCUGCACCUUUGCAUUCCGCACAUGCUGAGCGUUGCCGCCGAUGUGGCAACUCCUAUGAGGAGCAUUUGGAGCUCGAGGAAGAUGCAGCAAAGGCUGAGGAGGCACCUUCAGAGCCUGUAAACCAGACGCAAGGUGAAGCAACUGAGAAAGAACCCAGCGAACUUGAAGAAGCCGAUGAAAAGAGCGGUACUGCCAGCAUCGCUGAAAGCCCUACAGAGGAUGAAAAGGAGGGUCCCGAUGCAGACGGACAGUCAGAUAGAGCCUCCGAAGACCUCGACCAUGUGGAGGGCUUGCAGGGUCCUUGUGAACAUGCUGAUGCUGAGCAUGCUUGGGAAGACUUCCUACAUGCAGAUGAAGGAGAAGAGGAUGUAGAGGAGGCCAAAGAACCAGCUGAGACUCUUGCGACUGUGGAGGAAUUUCUUGUUGCAACUGCGACAGAAAUUCGUUCUGCGCCGUCAUUUUUUGCGCCCUCCAUAGGCAAUCUGGAACUGGGCGCAGCUGUGAGCGGCCGCUUGCACAACGACUGGCUGAAUUUAUGCGAGCCGAGAGAAACUGACACCGACUCCAACAAGUGGGUUUGGCUCUGGAAUCUAGAACGCAGAGGAGAGAAUGUUUCCUGUGAUCUAGAGCAGAGUGAGAGAGCAGCUUUGCGCGCUCAACAAGCAGUUGGUGGCAUCGCCUACCAAACUUUCCAGACACUGCCUUUGUACUCUAGACCUUCCAGGUCAUCCAUUCUUGAAGAUUCAAGACUUCCGCCUGGAGUAAGUGUGACAGGAUUCCCUGCCCAGCACUGGAUUCGCCUGGCGCCAAGCAACGGGCUGGACUUCGUGUCGCACUGGGUCUUCCAGCAUCCAUUGGAUGGAUCUCUUCGUGCGAACUGGUGCCAACUACAAGUCUCAAGACUUCCCUCAGGCACUUUGAAGGUUUGUUGGCCAGGCUUGCCACAGAGUCACCCUGUGAUUUAUUGCCUUGAAUGGGAUGGAUCGAAGAGCAGAGGUUGUGGUUUGGGAUCCUCUACGGAGUGUACAUUGCUGCUUCGAGAGCAAGAUAGAGUUCACUUGAGGGUUUGCGCCUACAUCAAUACUGCGGAUACAGUAGAAGUGCCGGGUGACUGGCAGACACUUGAAAUCGAGGAGGCGCCACAACUGCAAGCUGCCAGCACAUGUGAAAGUUCGCAUGUUCCACUGGAAGAGCCGAUUCCUGCCGCGGAAUCCUUUGUUCCUGCUCCAUCUGAAGCCACUCGUGCUGCCGCGGCUAUUGCCACUCCGCUCGAAGCACAGACCCCACAGAGUCCGAGCUCAGACAGCACUGGGUUCAGCGGUUUCUCGAUGUGGACCGUGGUUCACCACGGUGGUGUACUAAUCCGUGAGGCCCCAAGCCAGGAAGCUCGGACUCUUGGACACCUGGCCUUUUCGAAGCAGGUCCGUGGCAGACUUGAAAGUGCAGGACUUUGGCUACAAUUGGAUAGAAGCGAACUUGAAAGCAAAGAAGCUGCUUGGGUGCUUGUCGAUGGUAGCGAGAUUGGCUUGGGUAGGUUGCUAGAGCCGAGAGACUCCAUAGAUCCAGAGAAUGCAGCAAUGGCAACAGAAGAUGACGCACACACAAAAGAAGACGAGGACAGCGCCAACGCUGAGGAUCGGAAAGAGCGGUGCUUGGAGAAGGGUAUUCGCACUAAAGAGACGAACGAAGAAGAGCCACAAGAGCCCAAACCGAACAAGUGCAAGUCGAAAGAAUCAAACCAAAGAGAAGAGUCGAAAGAAUCCAAGCAGAUCAUAGAGACCGAGAAAGUCAAGUCUACAAAGGUGAGCGCCAUCAAGCAUGCAUCAACGAUGGCAGAGCAAGUUGUGGAGCCUGUAGAAUACUUGGUGCUUUCACCAAAAUUGCCACUCUACAGCGAACCCUGUGCUGCUUCAGAACGGAUAGAAGAACUUGAAAGCACAGCCUCAAUUUGUGGAUUCCCUGGAAACUUGUCAUGGCUACGCUUAGCAAAGCAGCCUGAGAAAUGGGCUCCUAUCAAGUCAGCCAAAGAAGUAUUCUUGAGUCCCAAAUGGUCUAAUCUGAAAGCAGAGAAAGUUUUCAGUGAAGCCCUUGAAGUGAGUUGGCACGGGCUCAGGGCUCGCAGUCCAUACGUUGCUGCUUACAGAAUCGAGUGGCGACUUACUCCUGGUGAAGAGCUUCCAAUCGGACAAGACGGGGACAGCUUGAAGAAGUCAGGCUAUGCUUUGAGUCUCAAACCAUGUGCAAUUUUACAUGGAUUGCCAGCGGGUGCUGCAGUGCAGUUACGUGCUGGUGUGCGGGUUGCGGCUCAAAGUGCGGGUGAAGCAGAUUUUAGAUUGCUGGGGCCCUGGAAAGAUUUUACAACGGGAAGUCCAAUUCCAGAAGAAGAUGAGCGAGAAACUGCUCGUAAGAUCGAUCCUUUCGGAGGAAUGAGAGGUGGGUGUGCAAGCAGCCAGUGUCGAGGGUACGUUGCGGACCUGGAUGCGAUGGCAUUUGUGGGUGCCAAUGCCAACAAUUUGGUCACAACGGCUAUUUGUGUAAGGUGUGGCAAAUCGUUUGAAGCACAUGAGAAGGUUGAUCCGCAGAUGGCCAAAGCUCCAAAAAGUGUCAAGAGCACGAGCACUUUGGAAGAACAACCGAACUUCGCAAAAUUCCAAGUCGAUCAACAUGGACCCCCCAAGACAUUCGUUGUUCUUCACUCUAUGGUCUUUGUACGAGAUCGAGCUAGUGUAAAGGGGAGGACUUUGGGAGUUGUAAAACAAGGUCACCAUAUCCAGGGAUGGCCUAUCGCAGGGUGGCUCCGGCUCAGUCCAAAGUGUGGCUUUGCAGAAGCCCCUGACAAGCCGGAUGGGUGGGUUCUGAUCCAUGGUGCGGAAGUUGGGCUGGGACAGCUGCUUGAAGAAGUGGAGGACGGGAUGGGUGGCAAAGAAGGUGCCAGAUGGUCGCAGGAUGUGAUGCGCAGUGAAGAAGCAGCCAGAGAAAGCAGGUCUGUCCUUACGGAGCCACUUCUCUUCGAGGUUGGUGAAGCUUCGAUUCCCGUCCAAGACAUGCCACGAGGGGACGCCGCAACAGUUGGACAUCUUCAGCCUGCCAUGUCACUGAAGGGAUUUCCGGCUGGACAUUGGACGCAAAUUGCAGAAGGAAACUACAGCAAAAGAUGGGUCCUGCAGGGUACAAAUGCAAAGCCGUCGUUGACACCGCAGUGGGCAAAGCUACAGUUGCUGCAGGCUUAUGAAGAAGCUCUACAUUUGUCGUGGCGGGGCCUUCCAUCAAUACAGGCUACGAGGUAUACACUAGAAUGGAGAGGGCCAGGUGGAGUUGGCAAAAUGGAUGUUGAACUUGGAAAGACUGAUGCUUUGCUGGGUGGCAUGCGUGCGGGUGCAACGUUGAAGGUCCGGGUCAGGGCCAGUGUAUAUUCACUAACAACUCCCACCGGAGUGAAGUUUGAGGGUGCAUGGACAGAGAUGCAGUGCCUGAACAUGGACAAAACAAUAGCACCAAUGCUAGGAAGUGGAGAGUCUUCCUUGAAAGCUGCUGUCCAUGGGCAAUCUUCAACAGCCUGCAGAAACUUCAAGGUCUUUGAGGAGAGAGCUUUGUGUGAAGAGGAUGCCCAGGAGACCCACAGCCCUGCUACAUAG